AAUCGCAUUGAUUCCUAAAUUUCAGUCCACACACGAAGCAUUUCCAACUUCACCUUUCUGAUUCUCACUGAUCUCCGAGCCGCCACCGUCCCCGAUACCCUUCCUCUUCUUCUCUUCAGCCAUGGCUGGUUCUUCUCACGCUAGACUCCUUGGCCCUGCUUCCGACUGCCGUUCCUGUCCCGAUCUCGCUGUUGCAGGUCGUUUUCGAGGGCACAGCUACAGCCGAUUUACUCAUGAAGCCAAAUCGGUGAAGGCGACGGUGGCGUCUUACGCCUUGUCUUCUUCCCGGAUUUUCAAGUUUCCGCCCAAUUUCGUCAGGCAACUCAGUACCAAGGCGCGUAGGAACUGCAGUAAUAUUGGCGUUGCACAGGUUGUCGCGGCUUCGUGGUCGAACAACUCCUCUCCUUUUCAAUCGGCGGCGGCGGCGUCGGCUAAUGCCGUUGACGCCGCUGCCGCUGCCGCAGUGCCUGCCACUUCUGAUGCGGCGGCGUUGGAAGGUAGCGUUGGUACUGAGAGUUUGAAGGUAGAGGAGGGUUUAGGUGAUUCCAGAACCUCUGUCUUCGAUUGCGAUGGGAGUGUUGCAAUCCACGCUGGCGAAAGAUUCGGUCGUGGUAGAGUUGACGACGCUAUUACUACGCCGGUGGUUAACACUUCCGCUUAUUUCUUUAAAAAAACUGCUGAUCUCCUUGAUUUCAAGGAGAAGCGCGCUGUAAGUUUCGAGUAUGGGCGCUAUGGAAAUCCAACGACAAUUGUUGCGGAGGAGAAGAUAAGUGCUUUAGAAGGGGCUGAAUCUACCCUGAUUGUGGCCUCAGGCAUGUGUGCCAGCACGAUGAUGCUGCUGGCGUUGGUUCCGGCUGGAGGGCAUAUCGUGACGACCACAGAUUGCUACAGGAAGACGAGAAUUUUUAUUGAGACCAUACUUCCCAAAAUGGGAAUCACGGUAUUAUACUACGGUCGAUUCACACACGAAACCAAACCGGUGAAGGCGUCAAUGGCGUCGCACGCCUUGUCUUCUUCCCGGAUUUUCAAAUUUCCGUCCAAUUUCGUCAGGCAACUCGGUAACAGGGCGAGUAUAAACGGCAGCAAUAUUGACAUUGCGCAGGUUGUCGCGGCUUCGUGGUCGAACAACUCCUCUCCUUCUCCCUCGGCGGCGGCGGCGGCAGCUAAUGCCGUUGAUGCCGCUGGUCGUUUUCGAGGGCACAGCUACAGCCGAUUUACUCAUGAAGCCAAAUCGGUGAAGGCGACGGUGGCGUCUUACGCCUUGUCUUCUUCCCGGAUUUUCAAGUUUCCGCCCAAUUUCGUCAGGCAACUCAGUACCAAGGCGCGUAGGAACUGCAGUAAUAUUGGCGUUGCACAGGUUGUCGCGGCUUCGUGGUCGAACAACUCCUCUCCUUUUCAAUCGGCGGCGGCGGCGUCGGCUAAUGCCGUUGACGCCGCUGCCGCUGCCGCAGUGCCUGCCACUUCUGAUGCGGCGGCGUUGGAAGGUAGCGUUGGUACUGAGAGUUUGAAGGUAGAGGAGGGUUUAGGUGAUUCCAGAACCUCUGUCUUCGAUUGCGAUGGGAGUGUUGCAAUCCACGCUGGCGAAAGAUUCGGUCGUGGUAGAGUUGACGACGCUAUUACUACGCCGGUGGUUAACACUUCCGCUUAUUUCUUUAAAAAAACUGCUGAUCUCCUUGAUUUCAAGGUCCUUGCUGGUUGUGUAAGUGGUUCUCUGAAACUGGUUUCCGAGAUUCGGAAUCUUCAUCAUGUGAUAGGUGGUGCCUUAAAUCCAAAUGCUGCUUACUUAAUUAUACGAGGCAUGAAGACGUUGCAUCUUCGUGUUCAGCAGCAGAAUUCCUCAGCUCUUAGGAUGGCAAAGCUUUUAGAGGCUCAUCCUAAGAUCAAAUGUGUUUAUUACCCUGGACUGCCUAGUCAUCCCGAGCACAAUCUUGCUAAAAGGCAGAUGACUGGUUUUGGGGGCGUAGUUAGCUUCGAGGUUGAUGGCGAUAUAACGACCACCAUAAAAUUCAUUGACUCAUUGAAAAUACCAUAUAUUGCUCCAUCAUUUGGUGGGUGCGAGAGUAUCAUAGACCAGCCGGCUAUAAUGUCAUAUUGGGAUCUUAAUCAGACAGAGAGGCUGAAGUAUGGGAUAAAGGACAACUUGGUGCGCUUCAGCAUUGGAAUUGAAGACUUUGAGGAUUUGAAGGCUGAUAUUCUGCAGGCUCUUGAUGCCAUUUAAAGCCUAAGCACUGCUCCAUUCCAAAAACAGAUAAUCAAGUCCUCUAUCUGUUUAUUUAUCAUCAUCUUGCUUUGGUCUUGAGUGGUUGGUGCGUCGAUUGAAUCCCUUAUCCCCAUUCCCUCAGGAACAAAAAAAUAAACUCAGACAGACAUUGUUCUUAUUUUCUUUGACAAAAGACUUUAUUUUUUACACUACUGAAAUAUGGUCGUUACUAUAUGCA